AUGACUGUUCCCAACGGCACCGCGCCGCCCAGCAAGGGCACCUUCCUCUUCACCUCCGAGUCUGUUGGUGAGGGCCACCCCGACAAGAUCUGCGAUCAGGUCUCCGAUGCCGUGCUCGAUGCCUGCCUCAGGGAGGACCCGCUCUCCAAGGUCGCCUGCGAGACUGCCACCAAGACCGGUAUGAUCAUGGUCUUCGGUGAGAUCACCACAAAGGCCCACCUCGACUACCAGAAGAUCAUCCGUGGUGCCAUCAAGGACAUCGGUUACGACUCCUCUGACAAGGGCUUCGACUACAAGACCUGCAACGUCCUCGUUGCCAUCGAGCAGCAGUCGCCCGACAUUGCUCAGGGUCUCCACUACGAGGAGGCUCUUGAGAAGCUCGGUGCUGGUGACCAGGGUAUCAUGUUCGGCUAUGCCACCGACGAGACCCCUGAGCUCCUGCCCUUGACCCUCAUCCUUGCCCACAAGCUCAACUCUGCUAUGGCCGAGGCCCGUCGCGACGGCUCCCUGCCCUGGCUGCGACCCGACACCAAGACCCAGGUCACUGUUGAGUACGCUCACGAUGGCGGUGCCGUCAUUCCCCUUCGUGUUGACACUGUCGUUGUCUCUGCCCAGCACAGCGAGGACAUCACCACCGAGGAGCUCCGCAAGGAGAUCAAGGAGAAGAUCAUCAAGAAGGUCAUCCCCGCCAAGUACCUUGACGACAACGUCAAGUACCACAUCCAGCCCUCUGGCCUGUUCAUCAUCGGUGGACCCCAGGGUGACGCCGGUCUCACUGGCCGUAAGAUCAUCGUCGACACCUACGGUGGCUGGGGUGCCCACGGUGGUGGUGCUUUCUCCGGAAAGGACUACUCCAAGGUCGAUCGCUCCGCUGCUUACCUUGCCCGCUGGAUCGCCAAGUCGCUCGUCAACGCCAAGUUGGCUCGCCGCGCAUUGGUCCAGCUUUCUUACGCCAUCGGUGUUUCUGAGCCGCUGUCCCUCUUUGUUGAGACCUACGGCACCUCAGACAAGUCCUCCGAUGAGCUCGUCGAGAUCAUCCACAAGAACUUUGAUCUCCGCCCUGGUGUCAUUGUCAAGGAGCUGAACCUCACCAACCCCAUCUACAACACAACCGCCAAGAACGGUCACUUCACCAACCAGUCUUUCACCUGGGAGAAGCCCAAGGAGCUCAAGCUCUAA